AUCUCUUCUAUGUCGGUGAAAGUUUUUGGCGCGCCGCGUUCGUUUCAUCAUGCUCAUCGACAACGACGGAAGAAUUGUCUGGGGCUGAAGCGAUAGUGGCCUAGUGAAUGCUGUGUUUGCUUUCCAGAAAGUAUUAUAGUGUGGGAGGAAAAGUCACGGAACCGAUAGAGUGGUAUCCGGUUUUUGCAUAUUGACAAAACAAUCCAAGUGUGGUGAGUGGAGCCCGUGGGAAAAGUGAGGGAGGGUGUGAAUGAUGAGACAAAAUCAUCAAUUAGUGAAAGUGACCAAUUUUGUGCUCUAUCUGGCACUGGUGCUCCCGGGCGGAACUCUGAUUGGGAGAAAACGUCAGGAGGGAACGGUUCGAGCGGAGGCCAGUGAAUCGUCCGGUAAAGGAACGGCGGCCGAGUUUCUUCCAUCGGGGAAUUCGGUGGCGUCAGGAAACAUCGUGGGAAGCCAUGGCAAAGGAUAUUACCGAGGUCCAUCCCAUUGCACUCGGACUGUGUACGGAUCUGGCCGCAUACGAAACGGCAGCAUUGCACCGUCCAACUCGAAGCACUCGGGAUUCUUCCCGUCGGCCAUCUGCUACCAGUACGAGUUUAUUGGCGAAGGAGCCGAGCGAAUCCAGAUUGUUUUCUCCGAGUUUCGACUACCCUCCAAGCUGGAACCGAACGAAUGCGGUGAGACGGACAUUCUGAUGGUAUUUUUCAACAUAGGCGGACGAGACGAGGUGGUUGAAACGCUUUGUGGAGAUAUCCUGCCGAAGCCAAUCCUGUCCAAUGGAGCACGAUUGCUGUUGGAGUUCCGUAGCAGCUUCAAUAAUACCGAAAACAAAGGAUUCACAGCGGACUACCACUUCCUGACAAAUUUCGGUGUUUCAGCCGGCUAUCAACCGAAUCAAAUGGAGUGUUCUUUUCACUAUUUCAAAAAUGCCACCAGCCAGGGUUGGAUCCAGUCGCCAAAUUUUCCCGGUGCCUAUCCAAGGAACAUUCGCUGCAAUUACUACUUCCACGGCGAUCCGCUCGAUUAUGUCCUGAUCCGGUUCACCUACUUCGACAUCGAGGGAGUUGCCCCCUGCGACGAAGACUCCGCCAGCGAUUACGUGGAGUUUUCUAAUUUUAUCACCCGCGAUCGCAAGUUCCUGAUGUACUGCGGCCUGCGAAGGGACCUGAUCGUGCGAUCGGAUGGUAGGUUUUUCCGCGUCACCAUGGUGUCGAACGACCGGCUGGAUGGGACCGGAUUCAGGGCAUUGUACGCGUUCGAGAGCACACUCAACAUGAUCGGACCGGGCAGUGGGCCGGUGGGAAGCGGAGGCAACGUAGGCGGGGUGGUCGGAGCGGCCGGUGUUCCCUUCAUACCCGGUCACCAUUACCAGCCGACGACGGCGGCGACGUCAUCGGUGACGGAUCGCAAUGUGGCGUCGGUUGCGAAGGUCACCAGCGGGAAGCGCGGCGGAAUCAUGGCGGCAGCGGGUGACCGGUUAGAAUUCCACUCCAGCACCUUGCUUCUGACAGGCACGACGAUGUGGCUGCUGUUCGCGUCACAGCCGGCCAUGAAUCUUCUGCUGCUGCUUCCGGCCCUGUUGCUUCCACCGAUCCUAGUAGACUGACGAUGAGCAUCACCUUGUCGCCUGGCACCGAAUGCCGCUGUUUACUGCGAUGACAGCAGCCACGAGAAUGCGGAAAGUGCGGGAUUAGUAUAAAUACCUACGAACAUUCAACAGCCUUCGCCGAAUGGAGAUCCCAGACGAA